AUGGUUAUUCUCAGCUGGCUGAUCGUUCUUUCCAUCCUAUUUCUCUAUUUAUGGAAGAGCCAACGUCCCAAAGGUUUCCCCCCUGGACCGUGGAGCCUCCCCCUGAUUGGGUACCUGCUUCAGUUCAGUAAGAAGGACCCUCUCAAGGACCUGGAUCAGCUGGCUCAAAAAUAUGGUCCCAUCUUCAGCCUCUACAUCGGAGGAACGCUUGAGGUCUUCACUCAUGGGUUUUCUUCAGCCAAAGAGGUCCUGGUGACAAAAGGCAUAGAAUUUGCUGGAAGGCCUUAUAAUCCAAUAGUAGAUGAUAUCGUUAAGAAAAAAGGCAUAAUCGCAGCAUCCUACGGCCAAGCAUGGAAAGAACAUCGGAGGUUUUCACUGAUGGUUCUCAGAAACUUUGGACUGGGCAAAAAACCAAUGGAAGAGAAGAUCUUGCAGGAGGCAGCUUAUUUGAUUGAAGCAUUUGCUGAAAACUCAGGUUGGUGCAGAAGGCCUUAUACUGCCAAUUCUCCCAAAUGUUUGCCCAUGUCCCAAUCUCCUUAUCAAAGCAGAGAAAUACACAGCAGAGAAAGGAGGGAGAAAAACUCUGCUUUGAAUAUGGCUAUUUUCAGCUGGCUGAUCGUUCUUCUUUCCCUCUUAUUCUUCUGGUUUUGGAAAAACAAACGUCCCAAAGAUUUCCCCCCUGGGCCAUGGAGGUUACCACUGCUUGGGAAUCUACUUCAGUUCAAUAUGAGAGACCCUCUGAAGAGCUUUGAUCAGUUUGCAAAAAAAUAUGGUCCGGUCUUCUCUAUUUAUGUGGGAAGCAAACCUGUAGUUAUAACUCAUGGAUUUCCUUCCGCAAAAGAGGUCUUCAUGACAAAAGGCACAGAAUUUGCUGGGAGAUCAGACUUUUACAUUAUGGAUAUUAUCACUAAGAAAAAAGGCAUAAUCUCACAGCCUUAUGGUGAAGUGUGGAAGGAGCAAAGGAGGUUUUCGCUGAUGCUUUUCAGAAACUUUGGCGUGGGAAAAAAUCUGAUGGAAGAAAGGAUCCUGGAAGAAGCAUCUUAUUUGAUUCAGGCUUUUACCGAGAACAUGAGGCUGCCUUUUGAUCCUUAUGAGUUCAUUGACAGUGCGGUCGCCAACAUACUUUCCACCAUACUAUUUGGGAAACGUUUUGAAUAUGACAGCAACUACCUGAGAAGCCUGCUGGACCUGAUCCAUCAAAAUGUCAGACUGCCAGCAGGACCCUGGGCCUUGCUUUUCAAUGCCGUGCCUUUGGUGAGAAGGCUUCCCCUGCCUCAUCAGAAAAUAUUAACAAAGGUCCGUAAAAUGCUUGCUUUUCUUGAAAAAGAAAUGCAGGAACACAAAGCAACCUUGACGCCUGGAGAACCUCGGGAUUUCAUUGACGCAUAUUUAGAAGAAAUUCAGAAGCCAGAGAGGAAAGGUUCAAGUUUUGAAGAAGAGCAACUACGAGUCUUAUUGUUUGACCUACUCAUUGCUGGGACAGAGACAACAUCAGGAACACUGCAGUGGGCCUUCCUCUAUUUGGUGGCCUUUCCAGAGAUCCAAGAGAAAUGCUGGAAGGAAAUAGAUACAGUUCUGGGAAACAAGGCAAGACUGAAAUGUGAGGAUCGUGUAAGGUUGCCCUACACAAAUGCCGUCAUUCAUGAAAUCCAACGCGUAUCAAGUAUAGUUCCUCUUGGAGUAGCUCGUAAAGCCAUUAAUGACGUGCAACUUUUUGGAUACAAAAUUCCCAAGGACACCAUGGUUUUGGUCAAUAUCCAGUCUGCCCAUCAUGAUGAAUCCCAGUGGAAGUUCCCCAAUGAGUUCAACCCCUCCAACUUCCUGAAUGAAGAGGGAGACUUUGUGAAGCCGGAAGCCUUCUUGCCAUUUUCAGCAGGACCAAGAAUCUGCUUAGGGGAAAUCCUGGCACGGAUGGAGCUCUUCCUCCUCUUCACCAGCAUUGUCAGAAAUUUCCAGUUAUUGUGGCCAGAUAAAUCCCAAGCUCCAGAUUUCACACCACACUUUGCGGUUACCCAAUCACCAUCCUGCUUCAAGGUGUUGCUGAAAUGCCGCCAGCCAAGUGCAUAGAUCGAAGUGAAGAUCUGCAAGGCAACUGAUGAUUCAAGACCAUCCCAUUCUCUCCAACAGCUGGAGGUCUUCUCUACUUUAAAAUCACCACAAGAUUGUUUUUUAAAAACAUAAAUAAAGGGUUAUCUUAUACCACA